AUGGACAUUAGAAAAUAUUUACUAAGUAACAAAAAAAAUUUACCAGCUAAUAUCUCAUGCAAUUUAUGCCCUGUUGAAAAUGAUAAGCAUGAUAUAAAUACACGAGAUUUAGAUAUAUCAAGUAUUACAUUUAAUAAAAUUGAUGAUAGUCAACAAAAUGAACAUACCAAAUCACUAAUUAAUAUAGAAAAUCAAAAUUUUAAUGAUGAACUUGAUAUCAUAAGCAAUAAUUUACCACCCACAUCAGAAAAUCAAAAUUUUAAUGAUGAACUUGAUACCAUAAGCAACAAUUUACCACCCACAUCAGAAAAUCAGAAUUUUAAUGAUGAACUUGAUACCAUAAGCAACAAUUUACCACUCACCUCAGAAAUACCUAGAUACUCUAUAAAAAAUUAUGAUAAAAAUAAGCUAAAUACACUUGAUCACUUCAAAUCUCUACCUAGUAAAAGUAAUGUUAACUAUUACCUUUAA